AGUCCUGAGUCUUGGCCUGCCGGCUGCGGGUAGCAGACGGCGGCUGCCGCGGGACGCGCCACCAUGUCUCCCAGCUUGCGGCGGCCUUUGCCCCAGCUCCUCAUGCUGGGGUUCGGACUGGUGCUGAUGCGCGCUGCGGCCGGGGAGCAGGCACCAGGCACCGCCCCCUGUUCUAGCGGCAGCUCCUGGAGCGCGGACUUGGACAAGUGCAUGGACUGCGCGUCCUGUCCCGCGCGACCACACAGCGACUUCUGCUUGGGAUGCGCCGCGGCACCUCCUGCCCGCUUCCGGCUGCUUUGGCCCAUCCUGGGGGGCGCUCUGAGCCUGGUUCUAGUGCUGGCCCUGCUUUCUGGUUUCCUGGUCUGGAGACGGUGCCGCAGGAGAGAAAAGUUUACCACCCCCAUAGAGGAAACUGGUGGAGAGGGCUGUCCAGGUGUGGCAUUGAUCCAGUGAUGAACUCCCCGUGCUGGUGCCCACUCAUCGUUCAUUCAUUCAUCUGGAGCCAGACUGGUUUUCCAGACACAACCGAGCCAGACUCUUCCAACCACAAGGGGGUGGGGUGAGGUGAUGAUUCACCUCCAAGGACUGGGCCCGGGAUUCAGGGGAGCCCUCCAAGGUGUCUGAGUGCCCUGUCUCUGGCUCCAGGAUGAGGCCAGCAUGAGGCUCUCAUCUGGCUCACAAAGCAACUCGAAAUGACUAAGAAACUGCAGUAUUUGCACAAAGGGGCCUCUCACCCUAAGUCCAGGAGGUCUGGCUGACUUGAGGAGCAGACACAACACUAGAUCCCAUCCACUCUGAUGGGUUAGAGACCUGUUUUUAACACUAGGGGGCUGGCCCUCUGGGAGGGCUGGCCCUAACAUAUAGACAUCCCCCCCAGUCCCCCAAGGGGUGGGAGAGGAGAUAUUUAUUUUGGGGAGAAAGUUUGGAGGGGAGGGAGAAUUUAUUAAUAAAAGAAUCUC